AUGAGGCAUAUCCACUUGGCCCCUGAGAUCUACCGCGGAGGAAGAGCUCAUCCCAGCGCCGACAUCUACUCAUUCGAGGCCAAUAGGCUGCGCAGAAAGACCAUCUAUCUUCCCGCGGGCGCGAGAGAGGUCGAGGCCGACUAUGUCUAUGCCGUGAACGCUCCUCAGGCGCAGGACGCACGGGAAGGUCCUCCUCCCGAAGCUCGGGCUGUGGAGGAGGUUCCUGCUGCUUCUGCUGCUGAAGCUGAGGCUGCAGUUGAAAUGCCUGCUCUAGUUCCUGUUGAGGCAGAGGCUGAGGAGGUGGUUCCUGCUGCUUCUGCUGCUGAAGCUGAGGCUGCAGUUGAAAUGCCUGCUCUAGUUCCUGCUGAGGCAGAGGCUGAGGAGGUGGUUCCUGCUGCUUCUGCUGCUGAAGCUGAGGCUGCAGUUGAAAUUCCUGCUCUAGUUCCUGCUGAGGCAGAGGCUGAGGAGGUGGUUCCUGCUGCUUCUGCUGCUGAAGCUGAGGCUGCAGUUGAAAUUCCUGCUCUAGUUCCUGCUGAGGCAGAGGCUGAGGAGGUGGUUCCUGCUGCUUCUGCUGCUGAAGCUGAGGCUGCAGUUGAAAUUCCUGCUCUAGUUCCUGCUGAGGCAGAGGCUGAGGAGGUGGUUCCUGCUGCUUCUGCUGCUGAAGCUGAGGCUGCAGUUGAAAUUCCUGCUCUAGUUCCAGCUGAGGCAGAGGCUGAGGAGGUGGUCCCUGCUGCUUCUGCUGCUGAAGCUGAGGCUGCAGUUGAAAUUCCUGCUCUAGUUCCUGCUGAGGCAGAGGCUGAGGAGGUGGUUCCUGCUGCUUCUACUGCUGAAUCUGAGGCUACAGUUGAAAUUCCUGCUCUAGUUCCUGUCAAGGCAGAGGCUGUGGAGGAGGUCACUGUCGCUGAGGCAGAAGAAACCUGUCCUCCUGAGGCAGAGGCUGUGAAGGAAAUAGACUUUUGGAAUCCUAAAAAAAUCGCCCGCCUCUACGGGAUCGCUACCCCGUCAGGGAGGCGCUAUCCAGGCAAGGACCUCCCGCUCGUCGACGUCUCUUCCUUUUUACAACCUGAAAUGAAGAAGCUCGGCGAGGGGGCAUACGCUGAGGUGUAUGCCGUCGGCCCGACCGGCCUGCCUCCUCUGUGCAUGAAAUGGUUCAAAAACCAAAAGGCCUAACACCAUU